AUGACGAGACUUUUCGAAGGAAACAAAAAAUACGACACAACAGGUAUUGUGAAACCAGGAGCAACAACGAAAAACAGAAGCAAUGCAUGCACACUAAUAGCUCUCCUGGUAGCUCAUCAGUGUUACAAAGAUAACAUAAAUAUUUCACCAGGUGAACAGCGCCUGAGCUCUCACAUUAUUACUGCUCUGGCAGAAAGCAUAAUGGAAGGAAAUGAAAUACAUAGGCAACUUUUGCAAAAAGGAAAUUUGCAAUAUUUAAAUAUGACUGUACCAGAGGCAAUGGCUGCUGCGAAGAGCAAAAUAAAGUUUAUCACAGAAUGGAGAAGCUAUGUUUAUCUACUUGACCUUGGAGCAAGUCUUUAUGAACAGAUGAAUGACACAUUGGCAGACUGGUUUAGAAAUCCUCCAGCUCGCAAGGGAUCAGAACUGUUUGUCAUUCUUAUUGCGGAAAAUAGAUCUGUAUUAUUUGUGUUUCAAAAAGACCAGAAUAAGGUGACACUUAUUGACACACAUCAACAUCUGAACCAUGGUGCUGUUAUAGCUCAAGUGGAAACUCCUAAUUUAGAGGCAUUAUGUGCCUGGUAUGCUGUACUGCUAAGAAAAUGCUAUGCAGCACGGCCUGAAUGUUAUGAACUGAGUUUCUUAUAUUUUAAGAGUUAUGAGGCUGGUGAGAUGACAGCUGGUUAGCAGCAAAAAACACUUAAUGCACAUA